AGCAACAGAGGCAACAUGGCGGCGUCCAGCACCGCGGAGCGUUCUCCAGAGAUCUCGACGCCGCUGAAGAUACCGAAGACCGAGGCGCCAUCCCCCGAGUCGGAGGACCUGAGCGACAGCAACCACUACCAGUCCAACCCCCCGACGCCCAACCGCUUCUCGCCCCUGAACGUGGGCUCGGGCGCCGCGGGCCGGACGGCGGCCUCAUCCUCCAACAGCUUCACGGCGUGCCGCGGGAUGUCGUGGACGCCGUCCGAGACGAACGCCCUCAUCGCGGUGUGGGGCAACGAGCGGCUGACGGAGGCGCGGAUGCAGCAGCUGGAGGUGGCGGGCACCGUGUUCUCCGGCAAGGCCCCCGGCCCCGCCAUGUACGAGCGGGUGUCCAGAGCCCUGUCGGAGCUGGGCUACGAGAGGACCCCGUCCCAGUGCCGCGAGAGGAUGAAGACGCUCCGCCGCUGCUACAGCCGCGUGAAGGAGCACGGCAUCGGCAAACGGAAGAGCAGCUACACCAUCGAGCAGCUGGAGAAGGUGUUCGGUCAGGGGGGCUGGGACUCGCAGAGCUGUGCCCCGGUGCUCAUCAACAGCAGCGGCCUCUAUCAGGAGAUGGAGUCUGACGGCAGCACCAUGGAAGACUUCUCCCAGGAGGACUGGUGCAACCAGGUGCUGGACUCGGCUUUCCAAGAGGGGGACAUGGAGACGGAGGAAAUCCAGGUGCCUAAGAACCGAGCUGUACAGAUUCAAGCGGAGCUGUCGGAGCAAACCCAGAGAAGGGGCAUGCUGCAGACGGUGACGCGAAUCCUCGAGUCCGUGGAGCUGAAAUGGGAGCACUUCCAAACGUGGACCGAGUUCUCGCGGCUGCACCUCUCCAACAAGCUGGCCAUCUUUGGCGUGGGCUACAACACGCGCUGGCGCGAGGACGUGCGCUACCACCACGCCGAAAUCAGCUCGCAGGUGCCGCUGGGCAAGAGGCUUCGCGAGUACUUCAACCCGGAGAAGCCCGAGGGCCGCGUCAUCAUGACCAAAGUUCAAAAGAUGAACUGGAAGAAUGUCUACUACAAGUUCCUGGACAUCACCAUCAGCGAGGCGCGCUGCCUGGAGCUGCACAUGGAGGUGGACUGGAUCCGCGUGUCCCAGUCCAGGGCAGCGGGCUGCGGCAAAGGCACGUGCCACUACCUCCUUCCCGGGGACAUCCCCAAGGCCUACGGACUCUACGCUGUUGGCUACGGGGCAGCGGCGUCCGCCAGCCACGCCGCUCAGACCUCGGCCCAGGGUUACAGCGAGGACAAUCGCUCGCCUCAGUGCAAUUCAGAAAACGGCGCUCCGAGGCAGGCCGAUGUGGACGGGGCAGCGCAGGGUGACAGGACCGGGGCUAAAGUCACUUACUGCUAUUUGGGCAUAGCUGAGGACAGGACCAUACAGCAGAGCCUCUUCCAGCACUUUCAGGGCUCCAGCAAACACCACGUCCACAGCAGGCCCUCGGCCGUGACGCGCUUCCUGCAGGAGAGCUGCAGCUGCGAAGACUCCUCCCAAUGUUUGACCAUUUACAUCAAAUUCAUAGAGGUGGAGCUGGACUUCCUCUCCGCCGGCUCCCUGGUGGAGUGCCUGGAAACCGCCGUGGGUUAUCCCCUCAAAUACAACGACAAAGAGGCAGCGUAACCACGCCGGUGUUCCUGACUCGGCGCCACUGAGGACGAGACCAGCUCGAAGCACUGGUGAACUGACGUUACGUCACGUCAGAGACAUUGUGCGGAAACACGGGAACAGUCGGUUAACUAUUGAAGUAUGUACUUAUUAUUAUUAUUAUUUUCAGCUAAUGUGCACUACAAAUGUUUCUGCUGCUUGUUCGGUGUAGAUAAAUAUUGCUUCGUCAGGGAGCGUGGGGGGGGGGGGGG